AUGUCCACCCAGUCGACAUCUCAGUCGACAUCCCUGUUCUCCAUGGCCCACUCCAAGCUGCGCUCCGCCCUCGGCGGUAGCGUCAAGGAUAGCUGCAGUUUGCAUCGCUGGGUCCUCCUCAAAAACUCUAUGACUCGUUCUCACACCCCCGAAGCCCCUCCGGCCUCAGAGAAGGCUGAUGUACCAUAUGUAUCUAGACGUGAUGAAGACGAGAGCCGCGAAGUUGAAGACGAAGUCAACUACAUGUUUCCGGAUCCCGACGCGCUCAGCCUUCGCCCCGCUGGUCCUGGCAAGUCGGAAAGCCAGUGGCUGGACUCCCUUCUUGAGACGCUGGGUGGUGAAGAUGAUGAUUUGGAUGCGGACGGAGAUGCGGUGGUGUCGAUAUCUGUCUGUCCCGUCGAUGACGAUGACGACGACGACGAGCCGCUAAGUCCCCUAUACUCGCCGAUGUCCUCGUCGGACGACCUUGCCGCCCAGUCCAGUUUCUUCUGCAACCCCCAUGCUAUCCCUGUCCCCUAUCCUAUUCCUUACCCUCCUGUUUGUCCCUCGCGUAGCCCAGUGUGGCUCGAUAUGCACUCGUCCUCUGACUCGUUCUUGGAAGCAGCCCCGUCCCUGUACCACGACCCCCUUCCCUACUACGAAGUCGACGACAUGGAAGACCUCUCUGUUCCAGACGCGAUUGAGGACACUUCUGAUGACGAGUCGGACGCGCCCUUGACGCCGUUUGAUCACUCAACGUCAUCGCUCGCCGCGGUCGACCCGGCUUCGGUUCCCUUACCCCCUGAACAACGACGACGGUCUCCCUCUCUUCUGCCUCAGGUAUAUAUUGACACGGACGAUGCCCACUUCUAUCCGUUUGAACUUGACCCCCUACCAUUCCAUGUUGAUAGCCCCGCCGAGACUGCCCGUGUUUACCGUCCGCCUCUUUACCAAGAGUGUUAG